GCGGCCGCCGGCCCUGAGGAAGCGGGACGCGGCCGGCGGCUGGGCAUGAGCGGGACGCGGCGUCGGCGGCGGUGCUGAGCGGGCCGGCAUGAACCUGCACCAGGUGCUGACCGGGGCCGUGAACCCCGGAGACCACUGCUUUUCGGUGGGCGGCGUCGGCGGCCGGCGCUUCACGGCUUAUGCAUCUGGAUGUGACAUUGUAAUACUAGGAAGUGAUUUUGAAAGAUUACAAAUAAUUCCAGGAGCUAAACAUGGAAACAUUCAAGUGGGAUGUGUAGACUGUUCAAUGCAACAAGGCAAGAUUGCAGCAUCCUAUGGAAACAUUAUCUCUAUUUUUGAACCAGUUAAUCUACCAAAACAAAAGAAAAAUUUGGAAUUGGAUAGUCAGUGGCAGAAAACUGGCCAGUUUUUUCUGGACUCAAUAACACACAAUAUAACUUGGGAUCCUACAGGUAGUCGUCUUUUAACGGGUUCCAGCUGUUUGCAACUCUGGUCUAAUACUAAUUUAAAGAAGCUAAAUGAAGAUGAAGAUGCAGAUAAAACAGAUCUUAACUUUGGGGAUUGGAGAUGCAUUUGGCAUUGCAAAACUGCUUCUGAAGUUCAUUUGAUGAAAUUUUCACCAGAUGGAGAAUUUUUUGCCACUGCUGGGAAGGAUGACUGUCUUUUAAAGGUAUGGUAUAAUGUAGAAAACUGGCGGACAGCUGUUACCUCUCCUGAUAUAAGUUCAGACAAACAGUCCCAAGGAGAAAUUGACUUUUCCUUUGUAUAUUUGGCCCAUCCUCGAGCUGUAAAUGGAUUUUCCUGGCGUAAAACAAGCAAGUAUAUGCCUAGAGCGUCUGUAUGUAAUGUACUACUGACUUGCUGUAAAGAUAAUGUAUGUCGUCUUUGGGUAGAGACAUUUUUACCAAAUGACUUUUUGCUAUAUGGAGGUGACUGCAACCAUUGGUCUGAACCAAUUAAUUUAACAAAUAACUUCAAGAGAAAUGCUUCCAGUAAAGAACGUGUUCAAAAUGCUCUUGAGGUAAACCUUAGACAUUUUCGCAGAGGCCGGAGGAGGUCACUGGCACUUGUAGCACAUACCGGCUACCUGCCUCAUCAGCAGGACCCACACCAUGUCCACAGGAGCACUCCACUGCACGCCAAUGCCCUCUGCCACUUCCAUAUUGCAGCCAGUAUUAACCCAGCCACAGAUAUUCCACUUCUUCCAUCUAUUUCAUCUCUGAGUUUAAGUGAAAAUGAAGACAAGAGUGGGCCUUUUGUGGUACAUUGGUUAAACAACAAAGAGCUGCACUUUACUUUGUCCAUGGAAGUCUUUAUACAGCAACUUAGAAAAAGUUUUGAACAACCAUCUUCUGAAACCAGUGCAGAAGACUCUAAUCAAGCAGAUGUAAAAUCUGAUGAAGAAAUGGAUGACAGUGUUGAUGAUUUGAACAUAAAUCAUGAAAAGAAGGAAUUGGGUGGAGAUAAAAUGGUACCAAACUCAAGUUUUGCACCAUUACCAUCAGCUGCCAUUGAUCAUCAGAUCGAAGUGCUCCUGUCUGAAUGGAGUAAAAAUGCAGACAUGCUUUUCAGUAUUCAUCCCAUGGAUGGUUCUUUACUAGUUUGGCAUGUAGAUUGGCUGGAUGAAUACCAGCCUAGUAUGUUUCGUCAAGUACAGGUGUCCUUUGUUUCCAGAAUUCCUGUAGCUUUCCCUACAGGUGAUGCAAACUCUCUCUGUAAAAGCAUUGUAAUGUAUGCCUGUACCAAGAAUGUUGACUUGGCUAUUCAGCAAGGGAAACAAAAACCUUCUGGUCUCACUCGUUCUACAUCAAUGCUUAUCUCUUCUGGACACAGUAAAUCAUCUAAUAGUUUAAAAUUAAGUAUUUUUACUCCUAAUGUUAUGAUGAUUUCAAAGCAUGCUGAUGGUUCUCUGAAUCAGUGGCUGGUCAGUUUUGCUGAGGAAUCUGCUUUUUCUACAGUUCUUAGUAUUUCUCACAAAUCCAGAUAUUGUGGUCAUCGUUUUCAUCUGAAUGAUUUAGCUUGCCACUCAGUAUUACCAUUAUUACUGACAACAUCACACCAUAACGCAUUAAGGACACCAGAUGAUGAUAACCAAAAGCAACCUCAUGAUAUUAUAAAUAUUGAAGAAUGUUCUUUGACACAACAAAGUAAAAGUACCAUUGAUAUGGCAUUUCAGGAUCCCAAUGCAGUUUAUAGUGAGCUUAUUCUUUGGAGGGUUGACCCUGUCGGGCCACUGUCUUUUUCUGGAGGAGUGUCUGAGCUUGCCCGGAUUAAUUCUCUUCACGUUUCUGCCUUUUCCAAUGUGGCAUGGCUCCCUGCUCUUAUACCCAGUUACUGUCUAGGUGCAUACUGCAACUCUCCUAGUGCGUGCUUUGUAGCUAGUGAUGGACAAUAUCUGAGGUUAUAUGAAGCAGUUAUUGAUGCCAAAAAACUUUUAUAUGAGCUUUCAAACCCUGAAAUUUCUAAAUAUGUUGGUGAAGUGUUUAACAUCGUCAGUCAACAGUCAACAGCCAGGCCAGGAUGUAUUAUCGCAUUAGAUCCCAUUACUAAACUUCAUGGCAGAAAAACUCAGCUGCUUCAUGUUUUUCAAGAAGACUUUAUUCUGAAUGACCUUGAAAAGAAGAGUUUUGGAAAAGACUGCAUUUUAUCCAGUACAGGUAGCUCGCCUAAUGGAUUUUCUGAAAAGUUCUACUUAGUUGUAAUAGAGUGCACUCAAGAGAGUCGUUCAUUGUUGCACAUGUGGAAUUUACAUUUAAAGUCAGUUCCUGUAUCAUUGGAUGAAAAAAUAGAUACAAAAAUAUCUGAAGCAGUUGGGCAGCCAGAAGAACAUUAUUCUUCUCCAGAGAAGAUUCCGUCUCCUUUUUCACAGAAGUAUCAGGCUUGCAGAGCAAAUCUUCAGAGCACCAGCAAAUUGUCUCUGUUUUCAGAAAUGGUGUACAGCCAAGAGCUGCAUUUGCCAGAAGGAGUUGAGAUAAUAAGUGUUAAGCCAUCCGCAGGACAUCUGAGUAGUUCUUCUCUAUAUCCUGUGUGCAGUGCUCCUUAUUUAUUGGCAACUUCAUGCUCAGAUGAAAAAGUAAGAUUUUGGAGAUGCAGAGUAACAGAUGGAGAAUCUACCACGUCAAAGAAUGCAAAAAUGGAUCUUGCAUACAUUUGGGAAGAAUGGCCAUUACUUAUUGAAGAUGGACUCCAGAGCAUUAGUAGUAUAACUGUACCUGGUAGGCCUAUAGAAGUUAGUUGUGCACAUACAAAUCGUUUAGCUGUAGCUUAUAAGCAGCCUUCAUUUAAUAGUAGAUCUUCUCAGGACUUUGUGAUGCAUGUAAGUAUUUUUGAAUGUGAAUCCACAGGAGGUUCAUGUUGGGUUCUUGAGCAGACAAUUCAUUUGGAUGAGUUAAGCACAGUUUUGGAUUCUGGCAUUAGUAUUGAUAGCAAUUUAGUGGCCUAUAACAAACAAGAGGCAUAUUUGUUCAAUAAAGAAAGUAUCACAUCCAACACAAAGCAUUUAGUUCACUUAGACUGGAUGUCUAGAGAAGAUGGUUCUCAUAUUCUGACUGUAGGAAUUGGGUCAAAACUUUUUAUGUAUGGACCCCUGUCUGGCAAGGUACAAGAACAGACUACUAAGGAAAGCCUGGCAUUUCCUCUGUGGGAGAGUACUAAAAUUGUGCCUCAUUCUAAAUUUGUGUUAUUACGAAGUGUGGACUUGGUUUCUUCUGUAGAAGGCUCCCCACCUUUUCCUGUGUCUUUAUCGUGGGUCAGGGAUGGCAUCCUUGUGGUAGGAAUGGAUUGUGAAAUGCAUGUGUAUUCCCAGUGGCAGCCAUCUUUGAAACAAGAACUUGUUAUAACAGAGUCAUACAGUGGAAGCACUCCUUCUAUACCGAGUUUAAUAAAACAGAGUAACUCAUCAAGUUCUGGGUUACAUCCUCCAAAGAAAACUCUGACUCGAUCCAUGACUAGUCUUGCACAGAAAAUCUGUGGGAAGAAAACUGCAUUUGAUCUUUCAGUGGAUAUGGAAGAUUCAGGUCUUUUUGAAGCAGCUCAUACGCUUUCCCCAACUUUACCUCAGUACCAUCCCUUGCAGCUUUUGGAACUCAUGGAUCUUGGCAAAGUUCGGAGAGCAAAGGCAAUCUUGUCACAUCUUGUCAAGUGCAUUGCUGGGGAAGUUGUGGCUCUGAAUGAUGCUGAGUCCAAUCAUGAACGCCGUCUGAGGUCUCUCACCAUCAGUGCUAGUGGAAGCACUACCAGGGAUCCCCAGGCAUUCAACAAAGCUGAAAAUACAGAUUAUACAGAAAUAGAUUCCGUUCCUCCACUUCCUUUAUAUGCUUUACUUGCGGCAGAUGAUGAUAGCUAUUACUCAUCUUUGGAGAAAUCUAGUAAUGACAGUUCCCUAAAUAAAUCAAACCAAAUGUUGAAAGAGAAUUAUGAUGAGCUUUUUCAGAUUGCAGCUCUGAUGCCUGAUGUUCAAGCGUUAGAGACAGAUGAAGAAAAUACAAAGCCUAGAGUUAUUGACCUUUCACAAUACAGUCCAACUUAUUUUGGACUUGAGCAUGCUCAAGUUCUUUCUGGGCACUUACUUCAUUCUAGUUUACCAGGCCUCAGUAGGAUGGAACAGAUGUCUUUGAUGGCCUUGGCAGAUACAAUUGCAACUACAAGCACUGAUAUUGGAGAAAGCAGAGACAGAAGCCAAGGUGGAGAAACUCUUGAUGAGUGUGGGUUAAAAUUUCUUUUGGCUGUUCGACUGCAUACCUUCCUUACAACUUCCCUUCCAGGCUAUCGAGCUCAACUGCUCCACCAAGGCCUAUCUACUAGUCAUUUUGCUUGGGCAUUUCACUCAGUAGCAGAAGAAGAACUGCUGAACAUGUUGCCAGCAAUGCACAAAGAUCCCACUUGGUCUGAACUGAAAGCUAUGGGUGUUGGGUGGUGGGUGCGGAAUACCCAUACCUUACGCAAAUGUAUAGAAAAAGUAGCCAAAGCAGCCUUUUAUAGAAAGAACGAUCCUUUAGAUGCUGCCAUUUUUUACCUUGCAAUGAAAAAGAAAGCUGUGAUUUGGGGAUUAUAUAGAUCUCAAAAAGACACUCGGAUGACACAGUUUUUUGGACACAAUUUUGAGGAGGAGAGAUGGCGGAAAGCAGCUUUAAAGAAUGCUUUUUCUUUGCUAGGCAAACAAAGAUUUGAACAUUCUGCAGCGUUUUUUCUUUUAGCUGGUUGCCUCAGAGAUGCAAUUGAGGUAUGUCUUGAGAAACUGAAUGACAUUCAGUUGGCUCUUGUAAUAGCAAGACUUUAUGAGUCUGAAUUUGAUACAUCUGCAACAUACAAAUCUGUUUUACGUAAAAAAGUGCUGGGAAUUGGUUCUCCUGUCAGUGAACCCAGUUCAUUGAACAUAAAUAUGCACUAUGAUCCUUUUCUUCGGAGUAUGGCAUACUGGAUUUUGGAAGAUUAUAGUGGUGCUCUGGAAACAUUAAUAAAGCAACCUGUCAGAGAAAAUGAUGAUCAAGUCAUGAUGUCAGCCUGUAACCCUGCAGUUUUUAAUUUCUACAAUUAUCUAAGAACACAUCCUCUUUUACUGAGGCAUCAUUUUGGAUCAUCUGAUACAUUUUCCACACACGUGGGUUUAACAGGAAAAAGUAGACUGGCAGGAACAAUUAAUUUAACUGAAAGAAGAUUAUUUUUUACUACUGCUAGUGCUCAUCUAAAAGCUGGCUGCCCCAUGUUGGCUUUGGAAGUAUUAUCAAAGAUGCCCAAGGUCAUCAAGAAAACCACACCUCUUUGUAGAGCAUCUAGUUUUCUGGAUACUAGUAAAGAUUCAUCUUCAUUAAAAUUGGAUACAAGGGAAGAUAAGUCUUCUGCUGUUGAUUGGUCACAGUCUUUUAUGAAUGGCCUUGAAUCUUCUUCAGAGGGUUCCUCAGAGAAGCAGUCAAACUCUACUCCUUCUUUUGACUGGAGCCAACCAAGUGUCGUAUUUCAAGAAGAUUCUUUAGAGUUAAAGUGGGACAGUGAUAAUGAUGAAGAAAAUGAGAGUCUUCCUAUUUCAAUGAAAGAACUAAAACCUUUACAGAGGAAAAUAGAUAAAAAGUUAGAUGAAAUAAGUAAUUAUUCAGAAUCUUUCAGCACACUAGAUGAAAGUGACAUUUUAAACCCAUCAGAAGAUAUAAUUGCUGUUCAGUUAAAGUUUAGAGCAUGUUUAAAGAUUCUCACAGUAGAACUUCGUACUUUAUCUACUGGCUAUGAAAUAGAUGGUGGAAAGUUACGUUACCAACUCUAUCACUGGCUUGAAAAAGAGGUGAUAGCUCUUCAAAGGACUUGUGACUUUUGCCCAGAUGCUGAAGAACUGCAGUCUACACUUGGCAAAAAUGGGGAUGAAUUUGGAUCAAAUGAGAAUGUUGAUGAUCUUCAUCACCAUGCAAAAGUGAAACAACAGAGAGAAAUCUUUCAGGAAAAAAAACAGUGGCUCUUGAAAUAUCAGUCACUCUUAAGAAUGUUUCUUAGUUAUUGCAUACUUCAUGGCUCCCAUGGUGGGGGUCUUGCAUCUGUGCGAAUGGAAUUGAUUUUGCUUUUACAAGAAUCACAGCAGGAAACGUCAGAACUACUAUUUCCUAGUCCACUGUCAGAGCAAACCUCAGUGCCUCUCCUCUUUGCUUGUACAGCCAGUGCCAAAACAGUAGUUGCCAAUCCAUUAUUACACCUCAGUAAUCUAACACAUGAUAUUCUCCAUGCCAUAAUAAACUUUGAUUCACCACCUCAUCCUGACAGCCAAAGCAAUAAAGUAUAUGUAAUGCAUACUUUAGCAGCCUCACUUUCUGCUUGUAUUUAUCAGUGCCUUUGUGGUAGUCAUAACUACAGCCCAUUUCAAACUAAUCAGUUUACUGGAAUGGUAUAUGAAACAGUACUGCUUCCCCAUCGGCAUUCUUUAAGAACAGGGAGCUUAGAUGAAGCAGUAACUCCCAAUACAUCACCAGCUCAAUGGCCAGGAAUAACUUGUCUGAUUAGACUUUUGAAUUCUUCUGGUGAGGAAGCCCAGUCAGGACUUACAGUCUUGCUUUGUGAGAUUCUCACAGCAGUGUACCUUAGUCUCUUCAUCCAUGGCCUGGCAACACAUUCUAGUAAUGAACUGUUUCGGAUUGUGGCCCAUCCUUUAAAUGAAAAAAUGUGGUCCGCUGUAUUUGGUGGAGGUGCACAUAUUCCCGGCAAAGAACAGACACAUUCAAAAGCUUUACCUGGAAGGCACUUUGCUAUACCUAGCCCACACCAGGUAGUGGUAUUCUCCAUGGAAUGUGUGGGCUUUUCCAAAGCUCUUUCAGCCAUCAGUUCUCAUAGCCCUCCCAGUCUUGCAGUUCCUUCACUAAUUGAAGAAGGAGAAAAACAGAACAAACGUUUUAGGUCAUCAGAAAUACCAGGCAGAGGAUCUGUCCCACUGACUUCUUUACCACGAAUGAGCCAGGAGUCACUGACAGUCAAAGAGAAGUUCAUACCACCUGAGCUCAGUAUUUGGGACUAUUUCAUAGCCAAGCCUUUUUUACCCCCUUCCCAAAGCAGAGCAGAAUACGACUCAGAGGAGAGUCUGGAAAGUGGUGGUGGUGAUGAUGAUGAUGAUGAUGAUGAUGAUGAUGAUGAUGAUGAUGAUGUUGAUGUUGUUGUUUCAGCUUCAGAUUUCCAUCUCCAAGAGCAUUCUAAUUCCAAUUCAUAUAGUUGGUCAUUGAUGCGAUUGGCAAUGGUACAAUUGGUGCUCAGCAAUUUGAAAACCUUCUAUCCCUUUGCAGGUCAUGAUCUUGCAGAGCUUCCAGUUAGUUCACCUCUUUGUCAUGCGGUUCUAAAAACUCUUCAAUGUUGGGAACAAGUUCUUCUUCGACGACUUGAACUCCAUGGUGGACCACCUGAAAACUAUAUCUCAGGUCAUACCUCUGAAGAGAAUUUAUCUGCAGGUCCUGCAAUUCUCCGCCACAAAGCUUUACUGGAACCUACAAACACUCCUUUCAGAUCCAAACAUCAUCUGGCACUGUCUGUGAAGAGGCUUUGGCAGUAUUUGGUGAAGCAGGAAGAAAUUCAAGAAACUUUUAUCAGAAAUAUAUUCACAAAGAAACGAUGUCUAAAUGAGUCAUUAGGGGACAACAGUGAAGCCAUCAAAAAUUCUAUGAUGGAGGAACCAAACAUCAAUAAGAUAGAAGCAGAUUUGGGAUAUCCUGGAGGUAAAGCAAGAAUUAUUCAUAAGGAAUCUGAUAUUAUCACUGCCUUUGCUGUUAAUAAAGCAAAUAGAAAUUGCAUAGCAAUCGCUUCCAGCCAUGAUGUUCAAGAACUGGAUGUUUCUGGAAUUCUGGCCACACAGAUCUAUACUUGGGUAGAUGAUGAUGUAGACUUGGAAACCAAAGGAUCAGAAGAUUUCUUGGUUAUACAUGCUCGUGAUGAUCUGACAGCUGUUCAGGGUACGACCCCGUAUACGCACAGCAACCCUGGGACUCCUAUCAACAUGCCAUGGCUUGGUAGUACACAGACUGGCAGAGGAGCAUCUGUGAUGAUUAAGAAAACCAUUAAUAAUGUCAGAAGAAUGACUUCUCAUCCAACUCUUCCUUACUAUCUGACUGGAGCUCAAGAUGGGAGUGUCAGAAUGUUUGAAUGGGGCCAUUCUCAACAAAUAGCCUGUUUUCGAUCUGGUGGUAAUUCAAGAGUUACAAGAAUGAGAUUUAACUAUCAGGGGAAUAAGUUUGGAAUAGUUGAUGCUGAUGGAUAUUUAAGUUUGUAUCAAACAAACUGGAAAUGUUGUCCAGUUACGGGGAGCAUGCCAAAGCCAUACCUGACUUGGCAGUGUCAUAACAAAACAGCCAAUGAUUUUGUCUUUGUUAGUUCCUCAUCUUUGAUAGCUACAGCUGGUCUUUCAACUGACAAUAGAAACAUAUGUUUGUGGGAUACACUUGUAGCACCCUCAAAUAGUUUAGUCCAUGCUUUUACCUGCCAUGAUAGUGGAGCCACAGUCUUAGCGUAUGCUCCCAAACAUCAAUUGCUAAUAUCAGGUGGCAGAAAAGGAUUCACAUGUGCAUUCGAUCUUCUCCAACGACAGCAGAGGCAGCUUUUUCAGAGCCACGAUUCCCCUGUUAAAGCCAUUGCUAUCGAUUCAACUGAAGAGUAUUUUGUCACUGGAUCUGCAGAAGGCAAUAUAAAGAUUUGGAGUCUUGCUACUUUUAGUCUUCUCCAUACUUUUAUCAAUGAACAUGCUCGGCAGUCCAUUUUUAGGAAUAUUGGAACUGGAGUGAUGCAAAUUGAGACAGGACCAACAAACCAUAUUUUCUCUUGUGGAGCUGAUGGAACAAUGAAAAUGAGAAUACUGCCAGAUCAGUUCAGCCCCUUAGAUGAAGUGUUAAAAAAUGAUGUGAAAUUUAUGCUGUAACAUUUUUACAAGAUGUAUAAUUUAUUACCCUUUUGAUGGAAGUGGCCAACAGAUAUAAUAUAUAGUAAUCAGUCUCCCACAAAUAAGCUGAUGCUUUCUUGUUUUCAUAAUUACUUAUGGAGCUUUGCUCUCAUUGAUGCACUGAUGCCUUAAAAAUUAAUAAAAUCAUUCAUAAUUAUAUUAAAUCACCUAAAGUAGAAUUUGUAUCUAAUGCUGUAAUAAUACAUAUGUAUAGUAUGUUAUAAUAAGUAUGUCAUAGUGUUAAAGGAAUUUUGUUUUUUUAUUGUUGAUCAACUUUUCUGCAGAUAUCUCUGCAUGAAUUUCUUUAACAAUAAAAUCACCCUUUAAGCAAAGACACAUAAUACUCAUCACUUAAUUCACCACUGACUUCCUUUAUCAGACUUAACAUAUCUGAAAAUCUUUCCUCUUAAUUAAUGAUAGAUUGGUAUUUGAGUAAGAAUGAAACAAAUAUUGAACCUCUCCAUUAAACUCAUUGGGACUUCAGUGAUAAAUGAGAUAAAUAGUUCAUUAUGUAAAGUUUUCAUCAGUUGCCCUUCCAGAACCUAAAUUGUGUGUGUGUAAAUGUAUUUGUAUGUAUAUAUGUGUGUGUGUAUGUGUAUAUGUAUAUAUAUCUUACACAUCUUAUUUGAACUUAGUUUGUAUAUAAAUGCAAAAACAAGUUUUUCCAUGUGUUUUUGUGCCAUAACCACUACUGCCACCAGAAUAACAACUUUUUUUGCAAAUGUUUUUUAUUUAAAAAUGUUGAAUUCCCAUCUUAAUUUUCAAAUAAAUUGCAAUAAGGCUUCCAAGAUUGUUAUUUUUAAGAUUCACUGAAUCAAAUAAGUCUUAAUAGCCGGGGAUUUAGCUCAGUGGUUCCACCACCUGCCGCACAAGCGCAAGGACCCGAGUUCAAUUCCCGGUACCAAAAAAAAAAAGUCUUAAUAGGCAAUAAAGAUUCUGUUUGGCACAUAUAAGAUGCUUAAAAGUAAGCUAUGAAUUUGACAGAAUUCUUGAACAUCAUUUUCCUUAAAUUUUAUUUUUAUUUCUUAUUUUUUAGGUGCUUUUAGUCUCAAAAUUCUGACAAUCUUACAGCAGUGUUUUUAGAAACAAAUGUGAAAACAGUCAAAUAGUAUUUGCAAAUGUAAAAUACCCUUCAUGUCUAUUAAUAGAAAAUAAAUUAAACCUUAUAUUUUA